AGCGGACAGCCGAGCCCGAGAGCUCGCGCAGAGACGGUGAGUCCGCGGCGCCGCAGGUCGACAAGACGAGCGUCGAGCGCAUGACUUGCUCGCCGGGGCGGCCCGAGAGCGUCUUCAUCGCUGGUGCUUGCGCCGCCAUCUUAGAUGGCGGGAGUUAGAACGGAGCGAGCCUGAGGCGGGAAGGCUUCUCUGUCGCUCUCCGCGGGCCCUCGGACGGGCCAGCUGGCCGGGCUUUGGGGCGCGUGCCCUGAGGCGCGGGGCGCUAGUGCAGCGAUGCGGGGCCUCCCCGGGGCCCCGUCCCCCGGGCUGGGGACGCGCCGAAUGUGACCGUAUCCCGUUCUCUCAAACACAGCCGCCGCUGCACCACGGGACCCGGCCCGGCCCGGCUCCCUCAGGUUUAAGUAUUGUUUAAACUGCAUCAAUGGAGCACAUACAGGGAGCUUGGAAGACGAUCAGCAAUGGUUUUGGACUCAAAGAUGCGGUGUUUGAUGGCUCCAGCUGCAUCUCUCCUACAAUUGUUCAGCAGUUUGGAUAUCAGCGCCGGGCCUCAGAUGAUGGCAAACUCACGGAUUCUUCUAAGACAAGCAAUACUAUUCGCGUUUUCUUGCCGAAUAAGCAAAGGACAGUGGUCAAUGUGCGGAAUGGAAUGAGCUUGCAUCGCUGCCUUAUGAAAGCUCUCAAGGUGAGAGGCCUGCAGCCAGAGUGCUGUGCAGUGUUCAGACUUCUCCAGGAACACAAAGGUAAGAAAGCACGCUUAGAUUGGAACACCGACGCUGCCUCUCUGAUUGGAGAAGAACUGCAGGUGGAUUUCUUGGAUCAUGUUCCACUCACAACUCACAACUUUGCUCGGAAAACGUUCCUGAAGCUUGCAUUCUGUGACAUCUGUCAAAAGUUCCUGCUAAACGGAUUUCGAUGUCAGACAUGUGGCUACAAGUUUCACGAGCACUGUAGCACCAAAGUACCUACUAUGUGUGUGGACUGGAGUAAUAUCAGACAGCUCUUGCUGUUCCCAAAUUCCACUGUUGGUGAUAGUGGAGUCCCAGCACUACCUUCUUUGACAAUGCGUCGGAUGCGAGAGUCUGUUUCCCGGAUGCCUGCUAGUUCCCAGCACAGAUACUCCACACCCCAUGCCUUCACUUUCAACACCUCCAGCCCUUCCUCUGAAGGUUCCCUGUCCCAGAGGCAGAGGUCAACGUCCACUCCCAAUGUCCACAUGGUCAGCACCACCCUGCCUGUGGACAGCAGGAUGAUUGAGAAUAACAGCCUGAAUGCUUCUCCCAGGGCGUGCUCCAGACGAUUUUGUCUGAGGGGAAGAGAUGCAAUUCGAAGUCACAGUGAAUCAGCCUCACCUUCAGCCCUGUCCAGCAGCCCCAACAACCUGAGCCCAACAGGCUGGUCACAGCCCAAAACCCCUGUGCCAGCACAAAGAGAGCGGGCACCAGGAUCUGGGACCCAGGAAAAAAACAAAAUUAGGCCUCGUGGGCAGAGAGAUUCAAGCUAUUACUGGGAAAUAGAAGCCAGUGAGGUGAUGCUGUCCACUCGGAUUGGGUCCGGCUCCUUUGGCACAGUGUACAAGGGCAAGUGGCACGGAGACGUUGCAGUGAAGAUCCUAAAGGUGGUUGACCCAACCCCAGAGCAACUCCAGGCCUUCAGGAACGAGGUGGCUGUCUUGCGCAAAACACGGCAUGUUAAUAUCCUGCUGUUCAUGGGGUACAUGACAAAGGACAACCUGGCAAUUGUGACCCAGUGGUGUGAGGGCAGCAGUCUCUACAAACACCUCCAUGUCCAGGAGACCAAAUUCCAGAUGUUCCAGCUAAUUGACAUUGCCCGACAGACAGCUCAGGGAAUGGACUAUUUGCACGCAAAGAACAUCAUCCAUAGAGACAUGAAAUCCAACAAUAUAUUUCUCCAUGAAGGCCUCACAGUGAAAAUUGGAGAUUUUGGUUUGGCAACAGUGAAGUCACGCUGGAGCGGCUCUCAGCAGGUUGAACAGCCCACUGGCUCUGUGCUGUGGAUGGCCCCAGAAGUAAUCCGAAUGCAGGAUAACAACCCAUUCAGCUUCCAGUCUGAUGUCUACUCCUAUGGCAUCGUGCUGUAUGAGCUGAUGACUGGGGAGCUUCCCUACUCUCACAUCAACAACCGAGACCAGAUUAUCUUCAUGGUGGGCCGUGGAUAUGUCUCUCCAGAUCUUAGCAGGCUCUACAAGAACUGUCCCAAGGCAAUGAAGAGGUUGGUGGCCGACUGUGUGAAGAAAGUUAAAGAAGAGAGGCCUCUGUUUCCCCAGAUCCUGUCUUCCAUCGAGCUGCUUCAGCAUGCUCUGCCAAAAAUCAACAGGAGCGCCUCUGAGCCUUCCCUGCAUCGAGCAGCCCACACUGAGGACAUCAAUGCUUGCACGCUGACCACGUCCCCGAGGCUACCAGUCUUCUAGCUCAUGUUGGAGCUGUUCUUAGGCCACCAGGGGAGGAAGAAGAGUCAGCAGGCACCACUUUCCUUGGGGGCAGAAUGCAUGUUUUCGGGGAAGCUGCUGCUAAGGACCUAGACUACUCACAGGGCCUUAACUUCAUGUUGCCUUCUUUUCUACCCCUCCUGCCCUGGAAAAGGAAGCUGCCCACCAUGCUGCUCUGCUCCAGAGGCAUACAAGUCAGCUGAGCAUUUUUAGGGCAAAUGGCGUUGGAGAGAAGUCAAGGUGGCAGGGCGCUCUGGCUGCUGCAGGGACAAGUUGGGAACUUGGCUCAUGGAGCCUGUUGGAGGGCACAGACAGUGGUGCAGUGCCAGUUUUGCACAUGGAGUCCUGGCCACCUGAGAGACCCUGCUUUGGUACUACAGAACUUCACUUUGUGGACACACCCUCUUCCUGUGUCUAAGGUGUCCUGUGCGGAUGGCUUUAAAGCACGGUGCUCCACGUUGCGGCAGCCUCCCACACGCUCAAUCUGUCUUCCAGGAGCUGCCCCUAUGGGGUGGGCUGCAGCCCAGCCCUGUCUCUAGUCACAUCCUUGUCUGUAAGAAAGCCAGGAGUACAGGUUUUCUUAAUGAUUUUGGGUUUUAAUUUGUUUUUAUUGCGCCUGACAAGAUACAGUUAUCUGAUUGUUCCUCAAUUAUGUUAUUUUAAUAAAAUAAAUUAAAUUUAGGUUUAAUGGUUA